AUGGCCUCAAUUGCACGAUGCCUAAGGGCAGCUCGACCUUCAGUGUCCAAGCUGGCAGUGGCUCCCGUCGCCCGUAGCGGUUGGCUGGCUCCUUCCGCCCGCGCAUUCUCUGCAACGACAUCCAGGGAAAUCCGCAAGUACACCAAAGACCACGAAUGGGUCGACCUCAACGCUGACAAGACCUCCGGUGUCAUCGGUAUCUCGUCAUACGCCGCCGAGGAGCUGGGUGACGUGGUCUACGUUGAGUUGCCGGAGGGCGGCAAGGCCAUCUCGGCCGGCGACGCCAUCGGUGCUGUCGAGUCUGUCAAGAGCGCCGCCGAUAUCAAUGCCCCAAUCACCUGUCGCGUCACCGACGUCAACUUGGUGCUGGAGGAGAAGCCAAGCCAGAUCAACGCGGUUCCCGAGGACGACUCACACGGUGGUGGCUGGAUCUGCAAGGUUGCUGUUGAUGAGCAGGGUGUCAAGGACUUUGAGAAGCUGAUGGAUGCCGAGGAGUACAAGGCCUUCACAGGCGCCGAGCAUUAA